ACCAUCUUACAGACUACGUACAGACUACGGCAUCUAUCACAUCAAUGGCGUCCACACUGACCCUGCCUCAACUGCCCGCAAAACAUCGGGACCUACCGAGAUGGAUACAGAGCCAUCCAAAACCGCCUCUCAACCAGAUUACUGCACCUUACAAUAACUAUGACGCCGUGGUGCGUAAGCUGUUUGCCCAGGACCCUUCUCACACAGCUUUGCAGGACAACCAUCUCAACAUUGUGCCCCUUUACGAUUCGAGCGGUCUUACUGAUGUCCGCGUUCGGGCUCGGGACUUGGCGUCGGAGCCCUCGACAAUGAAGGAACGGUACAUCAUGCCCUUGAAGGAACAAGACCGGCGACCCAAUGGUUCCCCAGCAGUGGUUCCGAGGCUUGAUGACUUUUGGAGGAACUUCAACAUCUUUUCCGAGGGUGCAUUGAGCGACAUAGACUGGAGUAAUGUGGUCGUCGCAGGAAGCGCAGUGGUCACCUGCCUGCUACCAGUGCCUGAAGAGUACCGUGACUCGAAGCGUGCCAUGCUUUGCUCUUCGCCGGCCAAGCGGAAGUGGGAAUCCAACCGGUGGAGAAUACGGAGUUAAACGUUAAGCUUAUCGAUAAGUGCCCGAGAUAGUGUCAGCAUCGUUGAACCAAGUGAUGUUUGAUCAUUUGAUGGAAUGAUCAUAUUGGAAGUAGGGAUGUCACAUGACAUGACCCUAUCUUAGUAGCCGCCCCCUCCUAGCUUCCUGAGGAAUCUACAAGCAUUUACCAUCUCACGUUCCAUCGUAGGGCGUCACAAGGCAGGAGAUAGUCGCUGGGAAGGAGCGGAAAGGAGAGCCGGUUGUUUGAUCGGGAUGGCUCAAG